AUGGACAGCGGUGCCGCCGGUUUCUACAAUGACAUACUCUCACAGUGGUACGCCAGACCAGGUAUGGUAGAUAUCGAGAGAGGUCGUCCAUACGGCAGCACAGUUCUCAACACAGCAGGAACAGCACCAGCAGGCGGUCUUGCAACACACUCUGCCAGAAAUCCCCACCGUCAUCGCCUCUCGAAAUCAGCUCCCUCACCUCGUCACGAAGAAGACGAGUACUCACCUCGACUCCGAGCCACACGGUCCGACCCUAUCGACGUCGAAGCCUGUCUCCGUCCAGGAUCAUGUCCCUAUCACCCGGAAGUCACAAAAACCCCACUUUAUCGAGUCAAUCACAAAGGUGUUGGGCCAGAGGAAGAGGAUAUCCCGGGUCAGGAAGUUGAUAACCCGCCUUUUGCACGAUGGAUAAUGCCCAUCUUUGGACGUCCACCACGGAUGCCUUCCACGGUUUCAAGUCUCGAUGAGAAUAUAAAGACCAAGGCGAAGGUGCGUGGGAAGUACUACGUCUGUCGACGAUGCAUGAUGUAUGAGUUUUUGUGUUGGACGGUCUUUAUCACUCUUGUAGUUGGCUUCCCGGCUUAUAUGAUUUACGUGAUGAAAGCUCCGUCUGAGUUGAUGUGGGGACCGUAAGUUGACUUCUGCGUGCUGGACCAUGGAGAGUGUACUAAUGUGUGAUUGAAGACCGCCUGCGCGUAAGCCGCCUUCGGUCGCUCCUGGGACGAAUCCUAUUACCAUAUUUCCGUUUUAUCGUGAUCCUCCUGGUACUAAACCACGGCCGGGUGAUAAUACCCAUGUUCCUGGUGAUGGAGGCGUUGAUGCUCUAGGGGAUGAUCCUGAGAAGUUGGAGACGCCUGAUUUAUUGCCGAGAAUGGCUAGAUUUCUACCGGGCAUACAUCCUCAGCAUGGUAUGAUCAAAGAAGCACAGGAGGUAGAGGAGUCGGAACAAGGAACGGUAGAGAUAUUGUCGCUCGUACGCCGAGAAACAGAGUCAUUGCCUGGUCCUCUCGCUACUUCAGAAGAAGCGUCCUCGGUUUCAGAGGAGUAGAUUCGCAAAUCACUCGUUCUACCCGCUGUUCAGAAAGAAGCCGACGAAUCUUUGGGCUUUCUUGAAAGUAUAGGGCACAAACAAGGUCGCAGAGGCAGAGUUCGUACUCCCAUGUCAUUCAAACUGAAAUGAGAUUCCAAAAGCUACAAUCUUAGUUCAGGAAACGUCUACUCAGAGAGUCACAGAGUGGCAAUGUUUGGGCUUGGUGGUCUAA